UACACCUGAAGGUAGGAGAAGCAUAAUGAACCUUACACAUAGGAUGGUCAAGUACUUGUGUGCAAAUUUAACCAUGAAACGCAAACUAGAAAUCCCUCAACUAGCCAAACUGAAUAGUGGUGGAAUUCGAUUCUCCAGUCGCAAGAGCACAGGACUAGGUCAACCCAGUGGCUUGAUUGUCAGUGCUGCUACCUCCCUUUGGCUCCCACUGCCAUAGCAAGCUUUGUUUGAUUUCCUUAGUAAUACAGAGACGCAAUCCCAGUGGGAUGCAAUGUCUAAUGGAAACCCGUUCCAAGAGAGUGCAAGAAUCUCCUAUGGAGAUCAUCCAGGAAACCACAUAUCCAUCAUCCAGCCUUUCUUUCCUUGUGAGGGCAAUAUGCUGGUGCUUCAGGAGAGCUGUGUCGAUCCCCUGGGAUCAAUGAUUGUCUACGCUCCCAUCGACAUACAAUCUGUACAAAUGGCAGUAAGUGGUGCAGACUCCUCCGGCAUAACUAUUCUUCCAUCAGGGUUCAUAAUCUCCAGUGAUGGCCAUCCUCACACUGGGGCUAAUGGAGCUUCAAGCAGCACUUCCACUGCAAACCCCAUGUCCAGUGGUUCACUUCUCACAGUGGCUUUCCAGAUUUUAACAGGUGGUGACAUGCAGUUGGUGACUGGUCUCAAUGCUCUCGUGAGCUCAACUAUCCAGAAUAUUACCUCUGCUUUGAACUGCACCAGCUUGAAGUGACCUGCUAGCAGUUUUAUGCGUUUUUGUGCAUCUGCGAGAUUUUUUUGUCAUUUUCUUUUCCGUUUUGUUUUUCUUUAGUCUGUGUUGGGAUUGUUGAAUGAAAGAGAUAUUUAGGGAGGGAAAGGAAAUGUACGUGUUGAAGAAGACAUUAAUUUUACGAAACUAAAUUAUGUCUUCGGUUUCACAAUCAU